AUUCGAUUCACUAUGCCAGCUCUAUUUAACACAAUAUUCAAAAACUCUUUUUCCCUAAAACCUCUGGCUCUUGCCUUUAAAGGGUUUCACAUUUGCUGCGAGGUUUUUGUGUAAUUGUGUCGUCGUACUCUCAACAUGUCUUUGGAAGAAGAAGAAAAUGCAGCCGAACUCAAAAUUGGCGACGAGUUUUUGAAGGCCAAGUGUCUAAUGAACUCCGAAGUUUCUUUGAUUCUUGAACACAAGUAUGAGCAGAUUCAGCAGAUGUCUGAUGAUCCGAGCAAUCAAGUUUCACAAGUGUUUGAGAAGUCACUGCAGUAUGUGAAGCGUUUCAGCCGGUACAAGAAUCCUGAUGCCGUUAGACAAGUUCGAGAAAUCCUUAGCAGAUAUCAACUUGCUGAAUUCGAGCUGUGUGUCCUGGGGAAUCUUUGUCCAGAAACUGUUGAGGAAGCUAUUGCCAUGGUCCCAUCUAUAAAGAAUAGAGGUCGCAUGCUUGAUGAGGAGGCAAUCGAGAAAAUGCUGAAUGAUCUCUCCCUGAUAAAGAAGUUUGAGUAGUGUCAUUUAGAUUUAUAUCUGCGUUUGAUGUCUGUAAAUAUUUCUGCGACUUGUACAAGUACUGCUGCCAAGUUUUCAGGACUCAAUGUUGUUGGUGGCAGAAUAUAACUACUGAAGAAGAGAAGAGUAUGUGGACCUGCUUCUUUCUCAACCAAAUUUCUACAUUGGUAAAAAAAUUGCUGGAGUAUAUCUUGCGUUAUGAAAUUAGUAAGUCAUAGCUUUGUUAAUUCUAUAUUUUUGUAUGCAUGUUUGGAUUUCAACCGUGACUGAACAACGCUGUGUAAUGCUUUUUUGUAAUGUUGCGGUCUUUGUUUGUCCUUAA